AUGCAAUGGUCCAUAUCCGAAAACAAAGUUGGAGCUGGAAUCUUGAUUCGGACACUUCGACAUGUGAAUAAUUCAAUAGGAGAAGAGCCUAAAGUUGGCGACAUUGUCAUCGUACAUUGCGAGACGUCGUUGGAGGAUGGGCCGCUUGUUGAUAGCACAAGAAAAAGAAAACAGCCUCUGGAGUUUCAAGUUGGGGCUGGCGAUGUGAUCAAAGGCUUGGAAGUUGCAGUCCAACGAAUGCAGGUUGGUCAGCUAGUGGAAGUAACGGUCCCUCACAUUUAUGCAUACGGUACCCGAGGCCGUAUGCCUGAGAUUCCAUCAGAAGCCACAAUUGUGUUGAAGGUGGAGCUGCUAGAGAUCAUCCCACAAAAAUCUUAG